AUGAGUCAAGAGAACGUUCCUGCUUCUUGCACAUCUUCACUACCGCUGAUUUCGCUACCAACCACUCCAGUAAAAUCACUCACGGAUAGUUGGCAAGAUACUCUAGACUACUUUUCAAUAAAACCUCAGCUAUCCCUCGAGAUUUCACAAGAUUUAUGCUCAGUCAAAAGUAGGACCAGUGACAGAAACAACCAAGCUGAUGAUGAAAGCAGCGCUGAAGAAGAUUACGAUGAUGCUAAAAGUCAAGUUAUGGAUGUAGUGACUAAGCCAUUGGAGCACAUGUCACUACAGGAGGACUGCAGUCCCAUUACACCCUUCGAAAAGUCAGUUGUAAGCCCACAAGUAAAACCCCAACCACCUACAAACAAAUUCAACCUAUCCAUGCCAAAUCUACAACAACACAAGUUCCUAAUUGUUGACGACAACAUCAUCAACCUCAAAAUUCUAAACCGGAUUCUACUAAAAUUAUAUCCAAGAUGUUCAAUCACUCAGAUCCAAGACUCGACACAAGUAGAGAAAAUUGUCCUUGGCAGCAAAUUUGACACCAUUUUCAUUGACAUAGAAAUGCCUAACAUUUCGGGGUUGGACAUUGCUCAAUUUAUAAGGAAUGAUUCACAAUUUGAUGCCACUAGUUUAAUUGCCGUCACAACGAGAAAUUCACCACAAGAUCUACAAUUGUUCAAGCAAUAUGGAAUCGACUACACGUUUGGGAAACCAUUGAACUACAAACUCGAUUUCAUGACAAAGACAAUUGAAGAGAUUAUGGGUCGACGCCAAAGGCAAACUGAAUCACAAAGUCGAAAUCUUUCCACUUCAUCCAAAUCCAUUUGUGCAACUGCGUCAACUGUGGUAACUACCACUCCUGGAUCAACAGCUGUCCUCGAUUUCAUCGAUUUGACGGUUGUACACUCGGUAAGCUCCUUGUCAUCAACUGAUUCGUACACUGUAUUGGAAACAAAGAGCUGA